AUGCCUAAAACGGUCCAUGAAAAAAACUGCAUUGCAGUACGUGAACCUCGUCUUCUUUCAACCACGUAUUUCAAAUUUCGGGCCAGUCCGAAUACACGAAGCCUUCACGUUUAUUUCACAAUCGAGAAAGCAUCUUCAUGGUGCCUUCAAAAUUUCAUUGAAUACGCUGCUGAUUCCGAGAUUAACUUCGAACAGGCGGUCACAAUAUUUAGAGAAAGCUUAAAUCAAUUAAACCAGCUCACAGCCACGCCCAAUCCGAUAAAAUCAUUUUGCCAUAAUUACUUAAAGUGGUUAAAGUCUCGUGCAGGAAUUACAAUUGUCCAAGAAUGCCGAAAAUAUUUCGAUGCUACCAAAUAUCAAAGACACGCAGCCGUUCUCAACAACACAGUCGAGAAUACGCUAUUACUUAACUCGAAAACAGCGAUCAUUCAAGCACGAUUACAACUCUUGGAUGCUUUGCUAUCUUCAGACGCUUUACAGCUUUCAGACGCUACAGAUACUUUACCACCUAAAACCCCACCACAAAUUCCUCGAGAAUUAGCACAUUUAUUAAAUACACCAAACAAACGUCCAAUAAAGAAAAAAGAAUUUCGGGAUUACACUGAAAAAAAUUCCGUUAUACUAAGUCCCGUUGUGUGGAAUUCUGCGUUAGAAGAGUAUAUAAAUGCGACUCUCAAGGAAUCUGAUGAAAAGUUUAAGAAUGCAGUUAGAAAUAAGAAUUAUAAAGACAUGGAUGAAGGUUUCCGCCUAUAUUGUGAAAAUGUUAUCACCGACUUCUACAAUUUUGUAGAUGUUGGUCCCACUUUGGAUAGAAAAAUGGGCGAGCGAAAGCAUAUAAUUUACCAAGUAUCAGCACUAUUCAAAUUUUAUGAAAGAACGUUUCUAACCUUGGAUAUUGAUUGGAUUGAGUCUCAUUCCCGUCCGGCAAAACUGAUGAAGUCGGAAUCAAAUUCUGGCAUUGUUCUAGUGAGUGCAAAGGCGACAAGGCUCUCCGAUGGGCUUGGCAUCUAG